CAUCCCAUCUCUGAAGACCCCGCCCAACAGGAAGACAACAGUUUUCCGAUACGAUGCAAAUUCUUGAGUGUGAACUGUAAUUUUAGACAUUAUAUCAAUCAAUUAAUUAGUAAAAUGCCCUUGUUUGAUGGGUUGGGAAGUGGAGGAGAAAAGACUGCGAUCGUCAUUGAUUUAGGAGCCGCGUACACAAAAUGUGGCUUCGCAGGGGAAACGGGGCCCAGGUUCAUAAUUCCGAGCGAGAUCCGGAAACCAGGACAGCAACAGGCUGUCAAAGUGGUCCAGUACAACAUCAACACAGAAGAGUUAUAUGUCAUCCUCAAAGAGUUUAUCCACAUACUGUACUUCAGACACCUGCUGGUGAACCCUCGCGACAGAAGAGUGGUGAUCAUCGAGUCCAUCCUCUGCCCGUCUCACUUCCGAGAGACCCUCACCAAGGUUUUCUUCAAACAGUUUGAGGUACCCUCUGUGCUGUUUGCUCCGAGUCACCUCAUGGCUAUCAUGACAUUGGGUAUCAACUCGGCCAUGGUGAUGGACUGCGGCCACACAGAGACCCUGGUUCUACCUGUUUAUGAGUGCACUCCUAUCCUGCCAGCUUGGGAGGCUUUGCCUUUGGGAGGGAAAGCUAUCCAUAAAGAAAUGGAUGGACUUCUUGUGGAGCAGUGCACAGUGGACACAGACACUACAACUGGACAGAGUGUACCGACUGUUAUUGGGACAAUUCCAGAGGAGAUUGUUGAGGACAUCAAGGUGAGAACAUGUUUCGUUAGUGAUCUGCAAAGAGGUCUGAAGAUCCAGGAAGCAAAGUUCAACUUGGAGGGUACAGCUGAGCGCCCCACCCCUCCACCAGAUGUCGAUUACCCUCUGGACGGUGAGAAAAUACUGCAUAUCAAAGGAUCAAUCAGGGACUCUGUGAUGGAGAUCCUUUUUGAACAGGAUAAUGAGGAGAAGAGUGUGGCUUCACUCAUACUUGAUGCACUUGUCAAGUGUCCCAUCGACACUCGUAAGGUCCUAUCUGAGAAUAUUGUAGUGAUCGGAGGCACGGCCAUGCUGCCAGGUUUCCUGCAUCGUCUGCUGGCGGAGAUUCGCCUCCUGGUGGAGAAACCUAAGUACCGUGACGUCCUGGCCAGCAAGAGCUUCCGCAUUCAUGCUCAACCCGCCAAACCCAACUGCACGGCCUGGCUCGGAGGUGCCAUCUUUGGGGCGCUGCAGGACAUCUUGGGCAGCAGGUCCGUGUCGCGGGACUAUUAUAACCAAACAGGCCGCAUUCCAGACUGGUGCUGCUUGAGUACCCCUCCUCCCGAGUCUCUGUAUGAAGCAGGCAAGACCCCUCCUCCGCUCAUGAAGAGAGCCUUUUCCACAGAGAAGUAGAACGUACUGAAACAACAGAUUUCCUUUCUCCAGAUCAGUUUAGUGAUAUCUGAAUUACCAUCUUCACACAGAACAGUUUAUUGUGUCAACUGCACCAACAGCUCUAGAUGUUCAUAAUGUCUAGUUAUCCCCAUUGGGUGGUCCAUUAAGCUGGUGGAGACAUUACCAGACUGAACAGUUAUUGGGAUGUUACGCUGUAUUUAUUCUGAGUAAAGCUACAUCAGGCCACGGUAUCUGUGGAGGUCUUCCUCAACAAGAUAUUGAACAUGAAUAUGCUUAGUCACACAUUCACUCCAGUGUGCUCUCAAUUUAUUUGGCGCUUGAACUGCUGAUUAUGGAGUUCAGUCAUCGAUUUGUCUGGAAAAUUCCAGUAAAAAUGUGGCUCAAGUUAGGAAACAGCAGAUGUUUUUCCAGUGUAAUGCACAACUGUGACUGUAACUGAAAACACCUGCAAAUGCCAACCAUUCAAUUGUAUUCCAGUCAUCUAUAACUAUUACCUACUCACAAAAGUAAACAUGCAUACAUGAUGUAGCUUACUCACACACUCACUCCAGUGUGCUCUCGAUUUAUUUGGCGCUUGAACUGCUGAUUGAGUUCAGUCAUCGAUUUGUCUGGAAAAUUCCAGUAAAAAUGUGGCUCAAGUGAGGAAACAGCGGAUGUUUUUCCAGUGUAAUGCACAACUGUGACUGUACUGUGGAAACCUAAGUGUUGUUUAAGGUAAAUCCUGUUGUAGGUCACUUAUUUAUUGUUUGUACUUCACAGUGUAAAGUGAUUUAAAGGCUGUUUACACAGUUGUUUUCAGACAUUACUACCAACAGAUACACUGUUUUUACAAAAUAUUACAAAGAGGUGUCAAUUUUGGAGAAGGUUGCUAAUGUCCCCAUACUUAAUGGACUCUAAAGACAGCAAAUUAUCUGACACUUACAAGUACUGCCAAGGUAUCAAUCAGUCAGUCAAUCAUAUGAGUAGGUGUAAAGUAACUGAAAACACUUGCAAAUGGCAACCAUUCAACUGUAUUCUAGUCAUCUAUAACUAUUACCUACUCACAACAAUAAACAUCAACUCGUGA